GUCCUUCGAAGUGUUGCCACAGUCUGCGCUCACAUGAGCCUCUGAACGCGUCGACAGCCUGGCGCGCAGCAAGACGACGAGACUCAUCACCAGAUAGAUAGGCCGGGGAUGCUACCAGAUUGCCCUUUGGAGUCGUGAUGAGCGGCAUUAAAAGGACGGAUCAAGAGGGUUUGUCGAUGCCAUGUCGGCAGACCACAAAAAAGCAUUUGCGGCAGUUCCAUCGUGAUCGGAGAGUCCCACGUUCGCGACGAUCCCGCAGCGUGUGAAUGACCACAUGAUGGCAGGUGGCAACCUCAUCCGACAAGGGGUGUACAAUAGCCGGCGAGCAGAAGAGCAAGGAUGUGCUGCCAAUACGGACAGCUUGACAAGAGGUGAGCACAAUGCUGCGUGGCAGAUUCGGACAUGCCUUCAUGAUGCGAAUCCGGCCCGAGAGUGGCGAUUGGAACAGAUACAAAGCAUCCAGCUCGACCAACUUGGGAGCGUCCAAGCGGGUAUGUCGAACAAAGACGACUACCUUCACGAAGUGCAACGCCUUGCCAUGAAGUGAAAUACACAGCGUUGAU